GUACGCAUCUAAAAAUAUAACCUUAGUUAUGGCAAAAAGUUCUAAUAUUAUUAUUUAGUUGUAAUUCGAAAUAAACGCUACAAUGAACGAUAAUAUAAUUUCCGAAUUGGAGAAAGCUGCCGAAAUAAUAAUGGCACCUCCAAAUGUUAUAUCAAACGAACAAAGACGUUUAGCGGAAUCUAUUUUCCUAGAUUUUAGGAAAAGCAAAUCACCCUAUGGACUAUGUCGAGAUAUUUUGGAAAAGUCUCAGAAUCCAUAUGUCUUAUUCGAGGCAGCUGAAGUAUUAAAAGUAGCCAUUAUCAGAGAGUGGUCAUUUUUAUUUGAAAAUGAUAAAACUUCUCUACGGCAAUACUUGUUUCAAUAUAUUACCACCAGAAAUUUACCCCCGUUUGUAAGAGAUCGUAUUUUACAAGUUAUUGCUAUUAUGGUCAAAAGAGCAAGCAUUGAUGAUGGGGGAAGAGAAAGAGCAAAUAUUUUAAAACAAGUUGAGAGUUUGAUUGUUAAUGCUGAGCCUGCUAAGAAAAUUCUGGGAUGUAACAUAAUAUCCAAUUUAAUGCAAGAAUAUGCAACAACGGUAAAAUCGACUGAUGUAGGGCUUACAUGGGAAGUUCACUUCAAAGCCAAGAAACAAUUUGAGGCAACAGACUUAAAGAGGAUUUUUCAAUUUUGUAUAUACCUUCUGUCGGAAGUUGUGAAGAAUGAUCCACCAUAUUCUGACACUUUGUUGGAGCUCUCCAGACAUUUGCUGAAAAUUACAGAAAGUGUUUUAACAUGGGCUUAUGUGUCAUCGAUUCUUCCCAAGAAAAUAGUCGGAAUAUACGAGUCAAUCUAUGAAGCCUUAAAACUAAACGAAUCAUGGUCUGAGAUUGUCCUUAAUCCUGACUUUCUUCCGCUGAUGUUUCAAAUAUACUGGAAAGUCAGAGAUAUAGACCAACUGGCGCAUCAUUCCUUAAUUUGUCUGAUCCAGCUAGCGUCUCUAUCAGGAGGCAUUCUUCCCAAUGAUGAGACUCGAUUGAAGUAUCUGCAUUCUUAUUUGGUGUCAUUUUUUAAUCUCAUCUCAAAUGUUACCAUAAAAAAUAAGGAGGCGUUGGGUUUGUCAAAUAUCGUGAAGAAGUUAAUCACGUUUUUCUUACCUUGCAUUUUUCAGUUACCAGAUGGAAUGAAAGAUACUUUAUUAGAUGAAUUUACAAGAAUUACUUGCCAUCUGUGCGAUGGAGCUGCAAUGGAAGAAAUAGAAAACGAAGAGGACCGAUAUUUUACCGACGCAUUUGACAACAUGUUAGAAGCUUGGACCGGCCUAAUACAAGACCUCUCACACUCACAUUACGACGAAAAAUUUCAAGACUGCGCCAAACAAGUGUUUAAUAAAUACGUUCAAUGCCAUCUAGCACCACCGGAUGGAUGUAGAAGAAGUAAUGUAGACGUAGACGAUGAUAAUGAAGAUAACGACAGGGUUAGAUACAAAGAUCAGUUACAGGUUAUAGGAAUGUUCGGUAGAGUUGUACCAGGCCAUUCCUUACAGGUUUUGUACAAAUUACUUGAAGACCGUAUAACGAAGUUUUCUUACCACAUACUAUCGAUGCAAAAGGGUGCGAUGAAUUUGAAUCAACACGCAGGAUUAACCGAUCUAUUCGAAGAUAUCCACUGGGUAACUUUAAUUUCUGGGCAUAUUAUUUGUAUGGAUAGCGAUGGAGAGACGCCGAUGAUUCCGUCAGCCAUUAUGAAAUAUUCAAUAGAUCAACAUAAAGGCCAACAGUCCACAUUACAAGCUUCUAUGGCCGCAAUAGAAGCUCUUGAGACAAAAUUUUCGCAGCCCGAAAACCUUGAUCAAUGCGAUCACGUUAUCCGAAUACUUUUCGAUGUUAUGAAUCUAUGUACCUUGGAAGAUUACGCGGCUUCGGCUAAGUUAAAGCAUUUAAUGAGUCCAGAAGUAGGAUCCACGGCCAUGUGGUUCUUGAAGAGAUGGUGUUUAUCAUAUCUGUUGCCGGUUGAAAAUUAUUACGAAGAGCUGAGUCCGACAUUAAUAGGAUGUUUAGGAAAAGACACACAAGGCGCUAGAUUGGUUGUAUCUUAUGUGUUAUCAAAAAUCCAGUCAAAUCUCUUUCAUUUUCAAUCAGAACCGAUACUGCUCCGGGAUACAGUGGAUUUAUUCUGUGAUAUUGUCUGCGUGAAACAAAAGUCAUCGCAUAUAGUAAGAACAGAAAGCAUGCGAAACCUGAUAAAACUAUUUGGUAGCCUAGAACCUGGAUCUUUACCACCCAAUAUCAUCCGAGGCCUUUGUAAAGGAUUUGUUCUAGCCGGAGUAGCUCUUGAUACGAGAAACGAUAGCUUACACAAUUCCAUGAACGAAUACUAUGACUUGAUUUUGACACCUCUACAACAAAGAUUCAAAGCCGUGUGGGGACAGGAGAACUUUACUAGAAUAUACCAAGAGGAAAGAAUACAAAAGAUUGUUGUAGACUUACUGGAGGCGUUUAUAGGAAUCGCUAAAGGCUCCUUGAUGCCUAGUUCGACGGCGUUAUUUCAUUUUUUAGCCCCUAUAUUAAGCGAAUUGCCAGCUCUUAUUACGGUUUAUCAUAAUUAUCAAGUAAUUGUUCAGCUCGUUUUAGAGCUGUUUGGACAAUGCGCUAAGUACAUGUUGUGUUACCUUACCCCUUUAGAUAGUAAGAGAUUAUACGAAAGUUCUUUAGCAACUGUACAGGCGUAUGCGAAGUGCAAUCAAGGUAGAUUCACAACUGAAACAUUCGCCGAAGAAAGCAGCUUCCAGGAUCUCGCUCUUAUUUUAGAUCUGCUCACUUUUAUUCUCUCCAAAGACUGUGUUGACUUAUGCACUGAGACUGAUACCGAAGAAAUCUCUGUGGUGGCGUCUGACGUCUCACUUUUCGGCUUAAACUUCAUUAUGCCGCUGAUGACUAGAGAUUUACUGAACUACCCAAGCCUUUGUGCUCAAUACUAUAGACUGUUGGUGCUUAUUAAUGAUAUUUACCCGGAAAAAAUAUGCAAUUUACCGCCUGAACUUCUGAACACUUUAUUAAGAUCCAUAGAGUUGGGCCUGACUAAUUUCGGUUCAGAUAUAGUCCAGGCUUCGCUGGAUUUUAUACAGGUCAUGGCAACGUACAUAUGUACAAAAAAUUUAGUGCAAAAACCAUUCGCCCAAGCCAUCAGACCUUUCUUAAAAUUAGUAAUAGACUUAACUUUAUCACAUCAAAUCAAUACAGACACAGUAUGUUCGGCUAGUACUUGUAUAUACGCCCUUAUGUGCUGCUUCCAAGACGAUUAUAAAAUGUUGGUGCAGAGUUUGAUCCAAAUGCAAUCAGAUCCGACGACGGCAGAUAGAUUGACAGCCGCUUUUAACAACUUGGUACUGAAUGUAGACAUGAGCGGUAACCGAUUGCCUAAACUGAAAUUUAGAGAUAACUUUGAUAAGUUUUUAGCUAACGUUCAUGGAUUUUUGUUGGUUAAGUAGCAUUAAGCGUUAGGAUUAAUGUAUGUUGUUUUAUAUAGAUAAUGUAAAAUAAAACUAUUUUUUCACGAAAAUGUUGAGACGAUAGGUUUAUUAUUUAUUUAACAUCUUUGAGAUAACGUCACUAAAGUAUAUGAUGUACAGCAAAAUAUUUACUGGAUAACUACUAGGUUCGAAGUACAAAAUGGUUGUCAGUAUGCUCGCCUCUAGUUUGUUGAGUUACGGUAUCUUAUGUGACAAAAGGACGGUUGUAAUGCCUUGUAACAUACAGGGCAGUACAGGUUAACCCUUUCGCUGCGUAAAGCGCACAAUGGCGUCCUCCCAUUUCUUUGUAAAAUGCGUAUGGCGCACAUAAGCAGCCUAUGUAUAUGGUGAUUUUCAUAUACAUUUAAAAUUGACUCAGUUUCAGGAGAUCAAGAAAACUUUGUCCGCAUUUUAUUAAAGGCCACUUCUAUUCAUAGGUGGCGUCGCGGCUCAGUGAAUUAUGUGGUUAGGUUUGCAAAGAUAUUCAUAGGUGGCGUCACAGACCAGUUAC